UCGGCCUAAUGUAGAUUUCAGAAUACAGCUUUUCUUAAUUUACCAGCUGUAGUGUGCUGUUUGUUUGGACACAUUUUUUCUCUUCUAAAGGCUGCUGUGAGAAUGACCACCAUGGAGAGCUUGGAGAAACAGCUCAUAUGCCCUAUAUGCCUGGAGAUGUUUACAAAGCCUGUGGUUAUCCUGCCCUGCCAGCACAACCUCUGCAGAAGAUGUGCCAAUGACGUCUUCCAGGCCUCAAACCCAUACCUCCCGACAAGGAGUGGCUCUUUGGCAUCUGGAGGACGCUUCCGAUGUCCGUCAUGCAGACACGAGGUGGUUCUGGACCGCCAUGGCGUUUACGGACUGCAGCGGAACCUACUGGUGGAGAAUAUUAUCGACAUGUUCAAGCAGGAGUCCAGCAGCAGCACACCAGCUCCUGAGCGAAAGGAAGCAGCGACGCCCAUGUGUGACGUUCACAAAGAAGAGAAGAUCAACAUUUACUGCAUGACCCAUAAUGUACCCACCUGCUCCAUGUGUAAGGUCUUCGGAGUCCACAAAGACUGUCAGGUGGAGCCCAUCAGCAGCAUUUACCAGACCAAGAAGACGGAGCUGAACGAUGGCAUCGCCAUGAUGCUGGGUAACAACGACAGGUUGCAAGGUAUCAUCAGUCAGCUGGAGGAGGCUUGUCGUGCCAUAGAGGAGAACAGUCGGCGGCAGAAGAACCUGGUGUGUGAGAAGUUUGACCAUCUGUACGCCAUCCUGGAGGAGAAGAAGAGGGAGAUGAGUCUGAAGGUGACCGCCGAACAGGAGGAGAAGGUCAACUACAUCCGGGGUCUGACCAGGAAGUACGGGGACCACCUGGAGGAGAGCUGUAAGAUCGUGGAAAUGGGGAUCCAGACUAUGGAGGAGCAGGAAAUGGCUGUGUUCCUGCAGAGCACAAAACCUCUUCUCAAAAAGCUUGCAGAAGCAGGCAGCACAUCACAUCUGGACAAAGUGGAGCGCGGCUACGAGAACAUGGAUCACUUCACCGCCGACUUCCGGAGGGAGCGCAAGGCGUUGCGCAGCAUCGACUUCAUCCAAGAGGACGAGGAGGAGGAGGACGACGACGAUGAGGAGGCCAGGCAAGGAGAGGCGGCGGUGCCCUCGGCCACGGGAAGCGACGCUGCACCCGCCUCAGCCGCCCCUUCUCCGAUUACUCCCGCCCCGCCGCAGACAACUUCCGCCCCUGCUGCGGCCAAAAGUACGGUGUCCAGCUCACUGCCAGCAGGUCAGUAGGGAUACUUUUGGGGUACCUUUUUUGGGUAGACCCUGAAGAAAGACAGAGACUGAACUUUGACUUUUCUGUGCUGAUUUUGUACUACUUAAAUAAGUACUUAAGUAAUCCAUAAUAUAAACAGACCCCUGUGACAUUUGAGUAUACUACCCUCAUGUUAUUAAAAUGAAUUGUAAAAGCACUUCAGUAGAUGAACAAAAGUUCAAUGUAUACUUCAUAAUACUUACUUUAUUGUAAUUGUGUACAUAAUUUGAAGCGUACCAACACCUUCACAUGCUAUGGACAAAAGUAUAGGGACACCUGGCUGUAAAGGAAGUCAAAAAAACGUUGCGAUAACAGCCGCUGCUCUUCUGGCAAAACCUUCUGCCAGUCGAUGAUGUUGGACCUGGCUCACCAUCCCUUUUCUCGUUCAUCCCAUAUGUGUUUGAUGGGGCUUUUCCACACCAAGGCUUCCCCAAACUCUUUACCCUCAAACUUUUUAGAAAAGUCCAAAUGUCUUUAGAAUGAAAACUGGGAGACCAGCACACAGCUUGAUUGAUUAGUUGUUUCAUUAGGACGCCUCAUAUUCACCUUUUAUGUGAUGAGUCUUGUCUCCAUCCAUCCAUCUUCUAUGCCACUUGUCCUCACUAGGGUCACGGGUAUGCUGGACCCUAUCCCAGCUGACUUCGAGCGAGAGGCGGGGUGAUGAGUCUUGUCUAAUUACCACAAACGACGGUCACUCAUUGAGCUUGAGCAUCACUGAAUGCAGCACUGAGCUUAUAACAUAAGACGAUGACUCACUGCUUUUGUUUGGGCUGUGCAGACACUGUCCGUCAAGGAUCACCAUCACACACAGUGUAUCAAUAUCAUCCUCAUUAGCACUCAGUGGUCCAUUUCAGCAUCUUGUCACUUUAAAAAAAAAAAGCUUUCACAGUUUAGAUGUAUGUAGGAUACCUUGUUUUUGUUCUGGAUGGUCCGCCUCAGUGUUAACCCACGGCUUGGCUCUAUUAUUUAAUAUCUGUGUGGGCAAGAGAGCUUCACUGUGUUGUUAAACUAA